AUGGAUUAUAAGCCUAAUGAUCCUCGACGUCAUUACAUCUUGCGUGUUGCUUCGCAUAUUUUUGCACUGAAUUUAUCGGAAAAUAAAAUUCCAAAUUUGAUUCCCAUACAAAAUUUUUGUGAUACCAAUACGCCAUUACUAAUUAUUGCCAAAGAUGAACGGAAAAAUACAUUUGAUAUUACGAAUGAAAUGCGAAAUAAUCAUCAUUCAGAUUUAACGCAAGUAAUUUUUUACAAACUUGAAGCAAUUGCUCUGCCACUGGAUAAUUAUAAAAGUAAAAUAUCAGUACUGUCAUUACGUGGACGUCCAACGGAUGCAUUGAUCCAUUCAAUGAAAGAAAUAUUCAAGCAUACAAUUGAAAACGAUUCCGAAACAUCCGCAAAUAGCCAUUUAAAUACGAUUUUAAAUGAACUUGAAAUGUGCAUCAAACCAAAAAAUGACACAGAAAAGCGAUCUAUACAUGAUGAGAUUAAUUAUUGGAAAGCCCGCAAGGACAGUGUUGCAUUGCAAUAUUCUCAAGCAUUUCAAAUUCUUGAUAUGAAACUUGAAAUGCUUAUGAAUUGUCGCAUAGAUGAAAUUUAUGAAGUUAUUGAUGCUGCUGAAGACUGUUUAAAUCAACUUUGGAACUGUGAACCAUCAUUUCCGCAAAGUGGUAUGAAAAAAAUCAUGGAAAGUAUCGGCUUAUUAAUUAUUAAUUCUAUAACAAACAAAGUUGAAAUGAAUGAUAUUUGGAAAAGUGAUAAAACUGAUACAACGAUCGAUACAUUACAUGCAAUUAAUUCUCUUUGCGAACAGUGGAAAUUUGCAAUUACAACACUUGUUGAACAAUGGAAGGAAGAUGUUGAUCAUCCAUGGAAGGGUGAUAAACCAAUGAUUUCAACUUUUGAAAUUCUUCAAAAACAGACUGAUAAGAUUUUAUCGUUAAAAUUAUUAAGCAAUCAAAUGAAUGAAUUAAUGGAAGAUAAGAAUGAACAAAAAGAAAUGGAACAAAUUAUUCGAAAUAUUUUUGGUACAAUGCCCAUAUUUACCUGUAAUAAUUCAAUGCAACAAAAUUGGAAAAUUAAAUUAUUGGAAGUAGAACGAUCCAUUGAACCAAUUGUGGAGAGAGCAUUACCUGUUUUAAGGAAACGCUUACAAUUUAAUCAAAUUACUGAUGAUGUUGCAAUCAAUAAUCUUAUCAAAUUUAAAUAUUUUUUGAAUCGUCCAAGUAUUAAAGAAAAACUUUCCAUGGAAAGAGAAAUGUUGCUUAGUCGUUUGGGAAAUGCGGUUGAGGCACAAAAACGUGAAGCAAUUGAACGGAUUGCAACGAAUGAUAUACCAGUUGGGCAAUAUCUCACAGAAAUUGCUGCUAAACUCAUUUGGAUUCGACAUGAAAUUAAUAAAGUUGAAAAUAUCAAAAUUGUAUGCAACGAAUUGUUGAACGAUUUAACAACUUAUAAAAUGGUUGAAACAAAAAUUCAAGAUACAAUUGAUGAAAUGCAUUCAUUGGAAUCUGAUUCUUUUAGUAUUUGGUGCCAAGAAAUGAUUAAAGCAGUUAGCAAUUCGACAAAUUCAAUUGCACUUGAAACAAGUGGUAAGCUAAUGAGUAUUGAACAGAAAGGUGGUAAUUUAAUUGUCAACUAUAGCGAUCGUUUGGUACGACUUCUCAGAGAAGUACGUCAACUAAUAGGUCUCGGAUUUGUCAUACCGCGGAAAAUCAUUGAAUGUGCUAAUACCGGUGAACAAUUUUACAAAUAUGCCAUCGUUCUUAAACAGGUAGCACAUUUUUAUAAUUCGGUGGAUCAACAAAUGCUGCCAUGUCAACAAGCAUUGAUGUUAGACGAAGCUUUGGCUUUCGAAAAAUUAAUAUUAUCCGGAAAGAAAGGUGAAAGAACAACAACAAAUAUGGUUAGCUGGAACAAUCCAAAACAUCUUCAAGAAUUCAUUGAAAAAUUGCAGGCAGCUGCUGAACGCUUAACUUUACAUAAUAG